AUGAAAUUGAUAACUCUUGCUGUCACAGUAGUAACCUGUGUCACCACAGCCAACGCACAUGUUGCCUUGUGGGAUAAAGGCAUGUUUGGGCUAAAUUACCCAUAUCAAGCCAAUGACCCGCAGAACAACAACUACAACAAUAACGAACCCGUCAACCCCUUAAGACAAACCGACGCCCGUACCACCGCUCAAUGGUUCGGACAUGGUCUUUUGGGGUAUCCACCCAAGUCAGGAGACUUUAUGACUCUUCCUUCCGGUGGAACAUACAAUGGAGAGGUCAGUUGUAAUCGUGGUCAAACGACCUUGGGUAAUCCAAAUGAUAAGACCGCAAAGUACAAAUACGCUUGUAAACCUGAUAACGGACAAUAUUCCGGUGUAGGAGCUUUACACGUGAUGAAUACGUAUAACGGCACUGUCGACAACAAGUGGUUUGGAGGAACCGCCUUAGCUAUAGCUUAUACCUCCGAUGUCAGCAACUUGAAGCCUAAUGACUUCACAGUCAUCAGCGUGAACCAGAACUCCGUAUGGGAACGUCAGAUCAGCUAUAAGAUACCAUCGGGAAUGCCACCUUGCCCUUCUGGCGGAUGUCUCUGUUCGUGGAACUGGAUACAUCAAGGUGGACAUGGGGAAGGCUACCCAUACGAGAUUUACAAUGUCAUCUACCGAUGUACAGUGACUGGUUCGACGAAUUCUGCCAACAAAGUUCAAAGGGGUGCGAUCCCCAAUAAAUGUGAUGGAAAUCCUUCGAACUGCGUCAAAGGUCCCAAGACUCCUAUGUAUCUCUGGCAAGCCGAUGGCAACAAUCUUCCAAAACUGGAUGACCCACCUCUUUAUCGAGACAAUUGGGGAUUCGCCGAUGGUGCUCAGAACGAUAUCUUCACCCCAGCUGCCACUCCUGCUACCACCUCAAACCCUAAAGCAUCCGCCACUUCCCUCCCAUCAGGAUGGUCUUCAGUAGGAUGUAUGGUCGACAACACCAACUCUCGAGCUCUUCCCGGUGUCUCUUCCACCAACGUUAAUAACAAUACCAUCCAGGGGUGUGCGUCUUCGUGUGCAAGUAAAGGAUACCUUUUCGCGGGAGUGGAAUACGGACAAGAAUGUUGGUGUAGUAAUACCGCCACCUUGACCUCUGCAAUAAGUACCGACUGUAAUAUGGUUUGUCCCGGUGAUAUUUGGAGUACCUGCGGUGGCGGUAGUAGAAUCAACGUCUAUCGAAGUGCGAAUGCUCCUACAAAUGGUCAACCGACUCCCUUACCCGACUCGUCGUUACCCUCAGGCUGGUCAAGUCUCGGUUGUAUGGUCGAUGAUCAAUCGAAUCGAGCUCUGAAUGGAGGUUCCACAACGUCUUCAAGCAACACCGUUCAGUCCUGCAUUGCCUCAUGUGCAUCGAAGGGUUUCACCUAUGCGGGUGUAGAGUACGGUCAAGAAUGUUGGUGUGGGAAGACUGCUCGUCUGACUGCUGCAAGCUCAGGGUGUGAUGUAGCAUGUAGUGGAGACAAGUCUCAUGUUUGCGGAGGAAGUAAUCGACUCAAUGUCUAUGUUGCCAAGUCUGCUACGAGCAGUACGAGUACAUCAUCUUCGGCUUCUUCUGUCAAACCUACGACCGCCUCUUCAACUUCCAAAGCACCUGUCGCAACUUCGACCACUUCAAGCAAAGCCACCACUUCGACUACCAUUAGCAAAGCCUCUACCACCACCACCAAGGCCUCUUCGACCUCUUCGUCCGCACCAUCAGCGACUACUUCCUUGCCAGCAGGAUGGGUAUCUCGAGGCUGUUAUGUGGAUUCAUCCUCAGCACGUGUAUUAGACGGAAACGUAUUUGAGUCCCAGUCAGGUAUGACAUACGCCUCUUGCAUCAAUAUUUGUACUGGCAAAGGAUACUCUUAUGCUGGAUUAGAAUAUGGUUCUCAGUGUUUCUGUGGCAACAACCUCGUCAAGCCUACGUCCGUAACCACCGGCUGUGACAAACCUUGUGCGGGUGAUUCCAAAAACAUGUGUGGUGGUUAUAACAGGAUUACCGUCUUACAGAAGACUUCGACGGUUAAAGCUAGACAUGAGUGGUCACCUAGAGGUGGUAGGCGUCAUCAUUAA